CAGUUGUGCGGACUUACAAAUAUCAAUUGGCGAAGUCGACAAUUUUCGACCCGUUUAUAAUCGGAAGGACGGGGGAAGAAAAGGAAAACAAAAACCAACCCAAUUGGGUUAGUGCACUGUAAGCCCACCCGUUCCGCACCCGUACCCGUCUGGAAACGAAAAACCCCUUCAAAACCCUAAUCCCCGUAGUGCCAUUCCCGUCGUCGUCGUCGUCAUCGUCAUACUUCUCACUUGUCGCCCAAAAUUAUAUUCACCGAUGGCAAAAAGAAAACACAAUACGCAGAAUGAUGAUGCCGAACAGAAACAGGAAAAGGAUAAACCACAAGAAAAAGCGGAAGAUAAAACGGUUAUAGCAGGGGAAGGAGAACAGGAUGAGGAAGAGCAGAGCUUCGAAGAGUUGGGGUUGGAUAGCCGUCUCAUUCGUGCCCUAUCCAAGAAAUCAAUCGAAAAGCCUACUCCAAUUCAGCGUGUCGCCAUCCCUCUUAUCCUCGAAGGCAAAGAUGUUGUGGCCCGAGCGAAAACCGGCUCUGGGAAAACAUUUGCGUAUCUGCUUCCACUGCUUCAGAAGCUUUUUGCUGAUUCACCUUCGAAAAAGAGUUCUGCUCCUGCUGCUUUCAUUCUUGUUCCAACUCGUGAAUUAUGUCAACAAGUUUAUUCGGAGGCGAUGUCUCUUAUUGAAUUAUGCAGAGUGCAACUAAAAGUUGUUCAAUUGACAAGCACGAUGUCUCCUUCUGACUUGAAAACAUCGUUGGCUGGGUUUCCUGAUAUCAUUGUAUCAACUCCUGCUUGUGUACAAACAUGCUUGUCAAGUGGCAUGCUUCAAGCUAGAGCUCUUCAAGAAUCACUAUCAGUUCUUGUCCUUGACGAGGCAGAUCUUCUCUUGUCGUAUGGAUAUGAGGAUGAUCUAAAAGCGCUUACAGCUCAUGUUCCAAAGCGUUGCCAAUGCCUUCUCAUGUCUGCUACAUCAAGUGCUGAUGUUGAAAAGCUGAAAAAGCUUAUUCUACAUAAUCCAUACAUUUUGACUUUACCUGAAGUGGGAGAUGUAAAGGAUGAUAUUAUCCCCAAAAAUGUUCAGCAAUUUUAUAUUUCAUGCAGUGCCAGGGACAAGCUUGUGCACAUCCUUGCCCUCUUGAAGCUGGAGCUGGUCCAAAAGAAAGUGCUCAUUUUUGCUAAUUCAAUUGACAUGAGUUUUAGACUGAAGCUGUUUUUUGAACAGUUUGGGAUCAAAUCUGCAGUUUUAAAUGCUGAGCUGCCUCAAAAUUCUCGUCUACACAUUCUUGAGGAAUUCAAUGCUGGUCUUUUUGAUUACCUUAUUGCAACCGAUGUGAGUCAAACAGCAGAAGAGCAUAAUGAUAAGGAAAGUCGUGCUCCUCGAAAAAAAUCUAAAAAACAUUCCAAGCGAAAGUUAGACGCAGAAUUUGGUGUAGUCAGAGGAAUAGACUUCAAAAAUGUGCACACGGUGGUCAACUUUGAGAUGCCUCAAACUGCUGCCGGAUAUGUGCAUCGGAUUGGACGGACUGGAAGAGCAUAUAAUACUGGUGCAUCUGUCUCUUUGGUCUCUCCGGAAGAGAUGGAGAUUUUUGAAGAAAUUAAAUCCCUUUUGGGUGAAAGUGACAGUGUGGAUUCAAAAUUUAUUGCUCCAUUUCCAUUACUUAGUAAGAAUGCUGUGGAGUCCUUACGCUACAGGGCCGAGGAUGUUGCAAGGAGUGUAACAAAAAUUGCGGUGAGGGAAUCACGUGCGCAGGAUCUAAGAAAUGAAAUUCUCAAUUCUGAAAAGUUGAAGGCUCAUUUUCAAGAUAACCCAAAGGACUUAGACCUAUUGAAACACGACAAAGUUCUGAGCAAAAAUGCACCUGCUCAGCACCUGCGUGAUGUACCUGAGUACUUACUGGACCCCACAACACAAGAAGCUAGCAAGAUUGUAAAGCUUGCUCGAGCUGCCAUGGGAAAUCCCAGCUCUACUCGCCGUAAAGGAUUUAGAGGAAAAUUUAAAAGAAGUAGAGAUCCUCUGAAAACAUUUUCUGCUGAGGGACCAAAGCGGCCACAUGGAGCUGGGAUGAAGAGGAAAGGUAAAAAUCAGGAUGAUGGUAACUGACAGAAAGCACUAAAUUAAUUUAUUGAGGAUCAGAAGAUGAGCUUGAAAACAUACAUUACAUGAUUGGCAAAGAGUAAGGCCAUCCGCGCAAUCAGCCUGAGAUGGGAGGUGAUUUUCUUGUGGACUACAAGACACUGGAGUGGCGCAUGGUCUGUUCCUAAGCAUGUGAAGUCCUGCUUCCUCUGUAUCAACACCGUUGACGAUCCUCUCAGCCUAAAAUAAUCACAACCCAAAAUUUGGAAAGAAUACACAUGCGGCACAGUAAUGUCUGUUUUGAGUCAUUAAAGCUGGAGUGGAUUAAUUAUGUUAUAGACUGGAAAGUAUUGGGAAUUAAAUUUAUGAAAGAUGCUUAGCUACGUCUGUCUUUAAGGGCAUCAUCAUCAUAGAGGCUGGAAUUCACUAUAUUGUAGAAUUUAUACAAGAUUACCAUAUCAAUACGUUCAUACACUUAAA